CAAAAUAACUGUUCUUAAACCCAACCAAUAAAAUAAACAAAACAAUAACAAGUGAAUAAAACCUGUUCGUAGGGGGUCAGCUAAACCUUUAGGGCACUACUUAAAUCUGAAUUAUAUUGCUAAGCCUUUAUCGAGGGCAUUAACGGUUUCUCUCAUUACCGCACUUAGUCAAUGUUACUCUUUUAAAUUUGCCGCUGUUUACCCCGCCUGUAAAAAGAUUAGCCGGCUAACCUGCUAGCGGGGAAGCCAUGCGAUAUCAUAGUGACAUUAAGUUAACUCAAGCGGUGUUUUGUAAAUUUACCUCCUGAACUGUGUGGACUUUUUUGAAAAUGGAGGUGACGGACAUUGGGAACAAAGAGGAGGGUAAAAUCUGGCAUCGAAAACCAACACCGGGGAAAAGUGUGUUAGUGACUGUGGUCCGCACUGCUCAGCAGGCCAAGACGGUGCGUUUCCUCCAAGUGGCCUUCGACACCACUGGUGAUUCCUUCCUGGCUGGGGAUCACCAUGGCAACAUUUAUGUUUUUGACAUCAGUAGAAACAGAUUUCGGCUGGUGCAGAAAACAGGACAGGCCUGCACUUCUUUGGCAUUUAGCCUCCGCAGGACUACAGAGUUCCUUGUGGCUUUGGCUGACUACACUAUUAAAUGCUUUGACAAAGACACUAAGCAGCUGGUGAGUUGGAUGCGAGGUCACGAGGGAGCAGUCUCAUCCAUCUCCGUUCACAGCUCAGGCCGCUAUGCAAUCACCACAUCCUCAGACACAGCGCAGCUCUGGGACCUGGACACGUUCCAAAGGAAGAGAAAGCUCAACAUCAGGCAGUCUGUAGGCAUACAGAGGGUGUUUUUCUUGCCUCUCAGCAACACCAUCCUCAGCUGUUUCAGUGAUGAUUCCAUCUUUGCGUGGGAGAGUGACACACUUUUCUGCAAAUACCAGCUUCCUGUUCCCGAUUGUGGACCCAGAAUCUUCUACAAGGCCUUUGCUGUCACACGUGACGGUAAGAGCCUUGCAGCAGGUGGGCGCUCCAACCUGCUGCACCUCUGGUGUCUGGACACCAAACAGCUGCUCAGGGUGAUUCAGAUGCCCACGCAAGUUCGAACGGUCAGACAGCUGGAAUUCCUGCCCGACAGCUUCGACGGAGGAGCCAGCCAGACACUGGGUGUGUUGAGCCAGGAUGGUGUGAUGCGGUUCAUCAACAUUCACACAUGCAAGCUUCUCUUUCACGUGGGUUCCCAUGAUGAAUCCAUCACUACAGUGGCAGUAAGCCCUAACGGCCGACACAUUGUGGCUAUCAUGGAUAAUGGAAGCGUCAAUAUCUACAGCGUCCAGAGUCUCACGCAGGAAUUAAACAAGCCUCCUCCCUCUCAGGUGGCAGUAGUCUCUGGUGGUGAAGCUGAUCAGGACUUUUCAAACCUAAAGGUCAAGGUAAGGUCAGAGGCUGUUCAAAGACCAACCAAGAGUUCAGGCAGACGCACACAAGUGAAGACCCUUAGACCUCCUGCUGGGACUACAGCUGAGGAUAAAGAAAAUGAACUUCCAGCUGGUCUAAAUAAGAAGAGACUGGUGGCUCUGCUAAAGGCAUUUGGAGAAUACCCAGCUAAAUACAGAAUGUUUGUGUGGCGGUCCUUGCUGUGCCUGCCAGAGAAUCAUGCAGCAUACAGCAGUCUGACGGACAAAGGCCUACACUCAGCCUUCCUCACUCUGCACGAGAAAUACCCCAUCAAAAGUCACAAACUGCUGAGAGGACUGCAGAGGGUGUUGUCUGCUUUAGCUCACUGGGCAGCCAUCUUUGGAGAGGUGGAAUACCUUCCUCUAGUAGCUUUUCCUUUUGUCAAGCUCUUCCAGAACAAUCCGAUGCUCUGCUUCGAAGUGGUGGCCACUGUCAUAGUGAACUGGUGCCAACACUGGUUUGAGUAUUUCCCCAACCCUCCACUGAAUAUCCUGAACAUGGCAGAGAAUGUCCUGGCUCAUCAUGACAAGGAGCUGCUGCAGCACCUGGUGGACUGUGGCGUUACUUCGCAGCUCUUCGUGUGGCCCCUGCUGGAGACCUUCUUCUCAGAAGUUCUGACUCGGGAUGAGUGGCUGAAACUGUUUGACAAUAUUUUCUCCAACCAUCCAUCAUUUCUGCUGAUGGCCUGUGUGGCUUACAUCAUCUGUUGCCGUGAGCCUCUCCUCCUCUGCUCACAGAAGCAAGACUUUGAGUAUUUCUUCCACCAUCGUAACAACCUGGAUGUUGGAGCAAUGGUAAAGGAGGCCUACCGACUCAUGAGCAGCACACCAGCUGACAUCCAUCCCAGGGCCAUGCUCUCUGACUUUACACCACUAACCAAAGGCCAGUACCCUGUGUUCAAUCAUUACCCAGAUUUCAUAGUGGAAUACCAAAGCAGGGAGAAGGAGAAGAUACGACUGCAGGAGAUGGAGUAUCUCAGAGAGAGGCAGGAGGUGUCAGCAAUGCGUGCAGAUUUUUUACGUCGCCAGGCUGAAGAGGAGGCCUUUUAUGCACAACAGGAGCUGCUGCAGAAAGCAGAAGAACAGCGCAGAAACAUUCUGUCACAGGAAGAGGAGAAACUGACACAGCAGAGGAUGACUCUUUAUGACCAGGAGACAGCUGCAGCAGUCCAGGAUCUCGAGGUCAGACAGAUGGAGAUGGAGGUUCAAAGGAAACAACUUGAACAGCGUUUGUUGAAAGAGCAGGAGCGUGCAGGACGAGAGGACAAGGAGCAAGUAGAGAGGAGAACGAGGCAGGCGGAAAGAGAGGGAGAGAGUUACACAGAGCUGCUGCGUAACGCUGAGGAAGACAUGCAGAGCCGGGAGGAGUCCCUCGGAGGGGCACGCCAGCUGGGCCUGGAGUCAGACUGGAGGGAGGUGAGGGAACGCCUGCAGCAGGCGGACUCUGAGCAGGACAGGACGAGAGAGGGACUGACAGAGACGGACACUAUGGGAGAUGUGGCGGGAAGGAAGUGGGAUGAGGUGAUGACUCUCAGAGCUCUGUUACAGGAUCAUUGCCAACCAUGCACUUCAGCAUUUACAGAUGGUGAGAGGCAGACGAGGAUAAGGUCACCAUGUUUGAGUAGAGACCCUCUACACAGACACGGUGCCGUCACUCCUGUCAGGACUAACUCCUUCACCACUGCGAGACCAGCAGGAAGUCAGGUGGUGUGUCUGAACAGCAGCUCACCCUCAGAGAGCACCUCCACCAACUUCUCACUGGACCGAGGUCGGGCCCAGCUGGACAGCAGUGAGAGAGAACUGCUGAAGGAAAUCAGAGAACUGAGACAGAAGCUGGCAGCAAGAGCCAAAGAGGGCAGCUCUGCCUCCUCACAGUCUGUCCACACACUGUCCUCUAUCUCCCAGUGACCACAAACUCCCUCAAACUCUGGCUUCACAGAGUCACAGAAACAUAUUCUUAUCUCGAGCUCUCUGGAACAGACGGACAGUGAAUCAGACCGAUGAGCUAACUGCUUCCAAAGAAUGUUUUUGCCAUCCAUCCCUCCACCUUAAAGUACAAAUGCAGUCAAACAGCUUCCACUCUUCAUCCUCAUGAAAACUCAUGUUUUAGCAAAACACCAGUCGAGAACAGAAACAGUUUAUUUCAGUUUCUGGCUUUGUUUGUGCUUCAUGCCAUGUGCACAUUGUUGCUCACAUCAACCUGUAAUGUUUGGGUGGUUCUCUCAAAAACCAGCUUUGACUAUUUUUCUUUAAGCAGUGUGUAAGACCAUCUGACAUACUCUCGGUACUGUGUGUAACGGACUCACACACUUCUUCUGCAGAGUCCAUAGUGAAGAAUAAACUGUUUAAAUUUGCUGUCAUGUUUUUAACAGA